AUGUCGAAUAAAUCAUCAUCUACUAGUAUCACAGCCUCCUCUACCGACAAUAAUCAAUUGACAGACACAAUUGAUAACGAAGAAAAUAAAGAAAGUACGACACUUCUUUGGUUUGAUCCAAAUAUUGGAUCACGUCAAGAUACUGAACUAACUAAACAAAAACUUCGUCUUAUUAAUGAUUACAUUAUUUUUCAUACAGAUCUUGAUCAAUGUGUGACAUUUAUUCAAUCCAUCGACAAAGAAAAAAUAUUUCUAAUUACAUCUGGAUCAAAAGCAUCACAAUUAUUACCACGAAUUGUUUCUCUUCGUCAAGUUGAUUCCAUUUUUAUCUUUUGUAUGAAAAAAGAAAAAUAUGAACAUUUGACAAAUGAAUAUUCUAAAAUCAUUGGUAUUUAUAUUACUCUUGAUGAAUUAUGUAAAUCAAUAGAAGAACAAAUUGAUCUUUUUGAUAAACAACUACAAACAUUUAGUUAUUUUGAUCAACAUCAAAACUCAACAAAAGAUUUAUCUAAACAAUCAGCGGAAUUUCUUUGGUUUCAAUUAUUCAAUCAUGUCAUAACUCAUCUUCCACGAAAUCAACAAGCAAAACAACAAAUAAUUCAAAUGUGUAAACACUAUUAUCGUAGAAAUCCAAAAGAGCUUACAUUAAUCAAUCAAUUUGAACGAGAAUAUCGAUCAGAAGAAGCUAUUUGUUGGUAUUCAAAAGAAUCAUUCGUUUAUAAAUUGAUUAGCAAAGCAUUAAGAAGUGAAGAUAUUGAUUUAUUAUAUACAUUUCGUUUUUUUUAUUGGAGAUUUGUCACAAAAUCUCAAUCGUGA